AUGGGGCCCGUCCGUGCAUUGAGGGGUCGUGUGAAUAGUGUAGACUAUCUGUCGGAUGAACGCCUCAUGCAAUACUUGGAGUUAGCCGAAUUCAGAUCAGCGGCAUUAAUCCAGACGUGUGAUUUGCGGUAUGACUUAAUAUCCGCUUGGGUCGAGCGAUGGCUCCCAGAGACUCACACAUUUCAUUUGCUAUGUGGGGAGUGCACCAUCACUUUGCAGGAUAUUGCAUUGCAACUAGGGUUCCCCAUCGACGAGAGUGCGGUCACGAGCGUAAGUUCGAUCUUUAAGCCAACCGCCCUUUGCUAUAACUUACUUCGACGCUUGCCUACUGAGGGGAAAUUUAUGGGUUUGAGGUUUUCAUGGCUGAAGGUCAAUUUUGAGCAUUUACCGAGUACUACCACUGAACGGGAGAUGAUGUACGCCAUUCGAGAAUACAUUAUGCACAUCAUAGAGGGUGUACUCAUGCUGAAUGCAAAUAACAACAAGAUUCACUUGAUGUACUUGCCCUUAUUAGCUGAUUUGCAUAACAUCUGUUGGUAUAGUUGGGGGUCCGCAGUGCUAGCUAUGUUGUAUCGUUAA